UUGUCCCCUCCUAUAACCAUAUACAAAAUCCUGGUUUUCGAUAUGAAUAAUACCCAAGAAGAAGUAGGCGAGUUCACUCAAAUCUUCAACGCUCUGAUGAGUCUAAUGAGGAAAUUUAUAUUCAGAGUUCUACGCGUCGGUCCAAUCCCUACUAACAUUUCAUUCAUCAUGGAUGGAAACCGCAGGUUCGCCAAGAAACGCAAUCUUGAAGGCCUAGACGCAGGACACAGAGCCGGUUUCGUAUCAGUGAAAUAUAUUCUUCAAUACUGCAAAGAGAUUGGUGUACCUUACGUUACACUCUACGCCUUUGGUAUGGACAAUUUCAAGAGAGGACCUGAAGAAGUCAAGUGCCUUAUGGAUCUAAUGCUAGAGAAAGUCGAGCUCACGAUCGAACAAGCUCUAACCGGGAAUAUGAACGGCGUGAGAAUAAUCUUUGCCGGUGAUUUGGAUUCCUUAAACGAGCGUUUUAGAGCUGCGACGCAGAGACUGAUGCAGCUCACAGAGGAGAAUAGAGAUCUUAUUGUUGUGGUUUGCGUUGCUUACAGCACAAGUCAAGAGAUCGUUCAUUCUGUUCGAGAAUCUUGCAUGAGAAAGACUAAAACUGGAGAUGGUCCUGUAGUUUUAAAGGUGAGUGAUCUUGAAGAGUCUAUGUAUACUUCAGCUGUGCCGGAUCCGGAUCUUGUGAUAAGAACCGGUGGAGGAGAUCGGCUGAGUAACUUCAUGACGUGGCAAACUUCGAGGUCACUUCUUCACAGAACAGAGGCUCUUUGGCCGGAGUUAGGGCUCUGGCAUUUGGUUUGGGCCAUUCUUAAAUUCCAGAGAAUGCAAGAUUACUUGCAGAAGAAGAAGAAGUUCGACUAAAUAGUUUCUACGUUAAACCCUAGAUUGAACUUUGACUCUUUACAUGUUUCUUGCGGUAUAAGAAACGUCGAAACCAGAAAACUGAAGAAAAUCCUUUUUAUUAUGUAUUGGAUCCAAAUAACAAAACACACAAAGAUACACAGAACAUCGAUAAUUGUUUGAUUAAAGGAUGCUAAAACACUACAAUUAGGGCUUAAUUUAAACACAAUUUGGAA